GUCUCCCUUGACGAGCGAAGGCCUGUUGGUGCUGACACCUGCCUCACACACACCUGCCUCACACACACCUGCCUCACACACACCUGUCUCACACACCUGUAAGACUCUGAGACACCCAAUAAGGUUCCUGAAGGAACAGUGUUGCCAUCAGUGGUCGUACUCAUCAACAGUGCCACCAGUGUUGCCAUCAGUGGUCGUACUCAUCAACAGUGCCACCAGUGUUGCCAUCAGUGGUCGUAUUUAUCAACAGUACCACCAGUGUUGCCAUCAGUGGUCGUAUUUAUCAACAGUACCACCAGUGUUGCCAUCAGUGGUCGUAUUCAUCAACAGUACCACCAGUGUUGCCAUCAGUGGUCGUAUUCAUCAACAGUGCCACCAGUGUUGCCAUCAGUGGUCGUAUUCAUCAACAGUACCACCAGUGUUGCCAUCAGUGGUCGUAUUCAUCAACAGUACCGCCAGUGUUGCCAUCAGUGGUCGUAUUCAUCAACAGUACCACCAGUGUUGCCAUCAGUGGUCGUAUUCAUCAACAGUACCACCAGUGUUGCCAUCAGUGGUCGUAUUCAUCAACAGUACCACCAGUGUUGCCAUCAGUGGUCGUAUUCAUCAACAGUGCUACCAGUGUUGCCAUCAGUGGUCGUAUUCAUCAACAGUGCCACCAGUGUUGCCAUCAGUGGUCGUAUUCAUCAACAGUACCACCCCAGGACAAUGGAACUGUUACCAAUCAUCGUGCCCAUCGUAAUCAUCACACUCAUCUCCGUCUGUGCCCUCAGUGUCUACGGCUACAGGGACCGGAUGGUGAGGUUAUUGGCCUUGGUGCUGGGGGUGUGUGCCCGGUGGCCAGCGUCUCUCCGAGGUUGGUGCACCGCCGUCCUGGCCUCCAUCACUGCUGGUUGGGCUGCUUGCGGCCUACGGUGUAGGAGAGCCUUGCGGUACUCUUCCUCGUACGUUGACAGACCCGAGGCUACGCGAGAAACCCUCGCCACCCACACUGUGAGGAACCAGUCGAUGGGAGACGCGAACCAGUCGACGGGAAGCGCGAGGAACCAGUCGAUGGGAGACGCAAGGAACCAGUCGACGGGAAGCGCGAGGAACCAGUCGACAGGAAGUGCGAGGAACCAGUCGACGGAAGAUGCAUGGAACCAGUCGACGGGAGGCGCGAGGAACCAGUCGACGGGAGGCGCGAGGAACCAGUCGACGGGAGGCGCGAGGAACCAGUCGACGGGAGGCGCGAGGAACCAGUCGAUGGGAAGCGCGAAGAACCAGUCGACGGGAGGCACGCUCACUACAGGGGGCCUGGCUAACAGGAGUCCCAGAGAGGAUACACUUUCCAAAGUGACUGUAGCGGCCAAGAACUGGACACGCGGGACCAAUUCCUUGGUCACUUCCAUCCAAGGCUCCUCCACUGCCCUUGCCACCAACACCUACACACAGGAUACUGCCCAAAAAUCACACCCUAACUCGGGGAUGGCAGUAGUCCAGAAAGACAGGCAAGUCUGGGAGGAUUCGGAUAGUCGCGCCUGCACAAAGAGCAUCGUCAGAAGACUGGCAGGAAAAGGAACAGAAGGAACAGGAGGAGGAGGAGACACGAGGACAUCAGAGAGCGAGGAAGAGCUGGAGGCCAGAGGAAAGGAAGCAGGAGGAGGAAAAAGAGACGAUGCCCGUAAUAAGGUUCAGAGCAUCUCCAGCAACAUGCCUUCCAACCCUAUAAGAAAGGAGGACCUGGAGGACUACCUCAACCAUGCUAUCCGCUCCGGUGUCAUUGAUGAUGAGUUCCAGAACAUCCCGCCACAGUUCAACAAGCCCACAACAGUGGCCGUUCUGCCUUGUAAUCGUCCUAAGAACCGCUACAAGAACAACCUUCCAUACGACGACACGCGGGUCGUGCUUGAGGAUAACCCGGACGGGCUUAGAGGAGAUUACAUCAAUGCCAGCUACAUCAGGAGCUACAAGAAAUCCAAGGGAUACAUAGCGACGCAGGGGCCUAAGGACUUCAACGUGAGCACUAUGGAGGACUUCUGGCGCAUGGUGUGGGAGAACAACACGAACAUCAUCGUCAUGUUGGCCAAGCUCAUCGAGGGAGGACGGGUUAAGGUGAGUCAGUACUGGCCGGCCGCCCUGGAGGAGGAGGUCCCCUAUGGCGACAUCUUCGUCAAGCUGGUCACUCAGGAGGACCGACUCGACUGUGUCCAGAGGCUCAUCAUGGUCUCGUGUGGAGACGAGAUCCGCGAGCUGGUACACUACCAGUUCACGUCCUGGCCUGACCACGACGUUCCCCAGACGCCCUACAGCUUCGCCCUCAUGGUCCAUGAGAUCUGCAAGUGGAAGAGGACGGGUCCAGUCGUCGUCCACUGCAGCGCCGGGCUAGGGCGGACGGGGACGCUGCUGCUGGUGCUGACGCUGGUCGACCAGUUGACGGGGUCCGGCCAGCUGGAUGCCCCCGGAGGUCUGGUCGCCCUACGCCUCGGUCGACCCAACCUCAUCGAAAACCAGGCGCAGUACAGGUUCUGUCACCAGGUGUUGCUGGAGCUGCUCUUCGGUGAGACCACUAGCUACCCCGUCGCUGCCUUCCCCCACCACAUGGAACGCAUCGUGGGCAACCUCAAGGACGAAUACCUGAAGCUCAAGAACCUGCCGCGGGACUUGACCUAUAAAUGGGGAGAGAACCCCGCCCACGCCCACAUGAACCGUCAUCAGCACAUCCUUCCAGUGGACGGGCGCCAGGUCUUCCUCCAGAUGAUCUGCGGACGACCGGAGUCGCAGUACGUGAACGCCGUGAGGGUGAACGGGGUGACGCAGAGGGAUGCGGUCAUCGUCACAGAACACCCGCUGCCCUGCACCCUGGCGCAUGUGUGGCGCAUGAUGUACGAGCGCAAGGUGUGCGCCUGGGUCAUCCUCCACCAUCAUCCUCACCACCAACAGGAGGAGUACCCAUCUGUGCUGCCAUCUGGCGGUGAGGUGGAGAUGGACCACGUCAUGGUGAAGGUGGAGAAUGUCACCAAUCACCACUACUUUACUGACACCUGCGUCACCAUCUUCCCUGUCAGCUCGAGGAUGUCACUGCCUCUCCAGGUUAAUGUCCUGCACCUGCUGGACUGGGACGCCGACGAGGAGCUGCCUGCCAUACCUCUGCCUCUGCUCCUGCUCCUCGAACACCUGCAUGAACUCCGCAAGUUGUCUCCAGCCUCCCUGACAGCCAUCACUUGUAGUGAUGGGUACUCUGCCAGUGGUGUGGUGGCGGCGUUGGACUUGAUCCUGUCGAAGGUGCGCCUGCAGGGAGAGGUGGACAUUUACCGGGCCGUCCAGGGCAUCCUCUUCGACCGUCCUCAGUUCAUCACAUCCCUGGAGCAGUACGUCUUCCUUCACGAAGCCACAGCCACCUACAUCUUGAUGCUAGACACCAAGGAGGAGGAGGAGGAGGAGGAGGAGGGAGUCCACCACUAGUGUGGCUGGGGACGAAGACGAGGCUGAGCCCCCCAGGCAGUUCAUCUUCAAUGACCAGGACUAGGCGCCGCUGCCCCCCAUCUCGGCCACUCGUGGUAUGCAGUAGGCAAAUUCAGGUAAACAUAUCAUGAGAAUUAGCAGGAGACCAUGACACACGAGGAUAGCUUGAGCUACCUUAUCCCUUUGUGUGUAUUAUAUCUCAAUAAACUUAUGUCAAUGACAAAUCCAUGUACAGGAAUACAUGCCAGGAGUAUUAUGACGUGUAUAGUGGAAGGUGUAUGGUGUAUAAAAAAAAUGUGAAAAGCGCAAUACAAUAUGUUGAAAAUGUGAUAAACACCAACAGAUAAGAAGUGGAAGUGUUUUUGUUCAUAAGAGGCAACAGAAAUCUUUGUAGUCUCGAGAAUGCGUAGUUUUGUAGUCCGGUUGGUUGUAGUGUGUUGUGAUGAGGAGUGGGCUGAGAGCCUCCACCUGAGAGAUACUGCGUCACGGAGACCAAACUGUGUUGGAGGUAAAACGCUUUUGGACUUCAUCAGGUGACAGAAAACGUGCCUAAAGGUCUUUCACAGGGAUCAAACCCGGGACUUUUGGGUUGUAUAAAGGAUGGUAAAAACGCACACACGCCCUGAACAAGUUUUCAUUAUUAGUGGACAAAUAACUUUCACAAAAUCCGUACCGAGUGAAAAAAAAAUCGCAUUUCUAACGCGUACAAAAUGAGAGAGAUGGUGAGGUGGUAAUGAUGUUUACUGACUAGUGUCGCGGAGAGCAGAACAACUCAUACCGGAAACUCUGCCACUGAUUGACACUGCCUGCUGCGACGCCACCACAGGCAGUUAACACCUAGUCAGUUUUACACAAGAUUACUCACCCUCUGAACCCAGUGGAAGCGGUUACGAUGUGUAAACAGAGACAAUUGGAAACGCCAGAGUGAUCAGUGAGGUGUUGUACCCAUAAGUGACAGUGUCCGGAGAGAACAAAGUCACUGAGUAAAUUUCUCUAGCACCAGGUAAUCAGCACAGAGUAAAUGUUUACAUGAUCAGCCAUAUGGUGUGUGCAGGCCACGAGAAGCAGCCAAUCAGGGAACGGCAAAUACGAUGGUGUUGACGCUUGCCUCAGUGCCUUAAUAACUCAGUCCCUCCUCGCACUCCGUUUUCUUUAAUGUAAUGUGAAGUAGUCGCCAAGUGAAGGGGAAACGUGUACGUUUGUAUUUGUGUACUAUAUAAUAAUGAACUGUUAUUGUUAUACAGUUAUAUUGUUAUAUAGUACUCAUAUAGUUUUAUAUUCAUCCUUAAUUUUAUGAAGUAUUCACACAUAUGUUCAUAUAUACCAAUACUCAGAUUAAGAGCAGAGUAGAUGGGAAAUUCCUUUGCGUCCACAUUAACAACAAAUUGAAUUUCAAUUGCCAUAUACAAAAUAUAAAAAAGGUCACUGAAACAGUAGGCUCUCUAUCUAACAUUCAAAACUACGUACCUCGCUCUACCUUCCUAACACUUUAGUAUUCACUCAUGUAACCAUAUCUCACCUACAGCAUCUGUACCCGGGGCUCUACAACGUAAUUACCUCCGACCUAUUAUAAUUUAACAUAAAUCAGAAUAACUAACUAACUCCAAUCCCAGACAUCACUCUGCACCGUUGUUGCAUUCCCUGAACAUAUUGAAUGUCAAGUCAAUUACACAUUCUCAAAUGUAGUCAAACAUUUAAACAAAAACUCUGAAUGUUGGUCCUGAGCUCAAACACUUCCUUGAGCACUGGAACAAAACUAAUUCUAUUUUGAUAUUCCUAGUUUGAGACUGUAUUAAACCAGUAGUGCAAUGUAAAUUAAGGAUCCCAAAUUAUGGAAUGUACCUUCUAAAUGUGAUUAUAAAAAACGGUACUUCUCUCAACCCGCGUAAAAGAUACUUAGAAAUAUAUUAUCACCAUGAAUCAAAUUUCACUCACAUUUCCUUACACUUUUGUGUUUUGCUGUUAUUGUAAAUUUGAUAUAUUAUAUACUCUGUACUGUUCAUAUUUAAGUAUUAUCUAAAUAUUGUAUAUAAUUUGCUAAUUUCUUUUAUAAUUAAUGUUGACCAAACUACACACUAGAAAGUGAAGGGACGACGACGUUUCGGUCUGUCCUGGAUUAUUUUCAAUCGACUUGAGAAUGGUCCAGGACGGACCGAAACGUCGUCGUCCCUUCACUUUAUGGUGUGUGGUUUGGCCAACAUAUUUCAGCCACGUUAUUGUGACUCCUCGUCUGCAUAACAAUUAAUAUAUGCUAGUUUAAUUCUUUAGCAAUGUUUACCACCAUUAAACCAGUCAAUAAUAUUACUGAAUUAUUUUAUGUUUGCCAGAAGCGUUUUGCGUGCUAGUAUUUUAUUUAUUAUUUAUUUAUAUAUUUACUUUGGUUAUUAAUAAUAUACAAGACGAAGGCACAUUGUGUAGUGAGAGUACAUACCAUAUGUGGUCUUAGUCUUGCAAAGUCACUAACAUGCAUAGUGUUUCGGGCAGAAACGUAGCUUUAAUAAAUAUGUAUUUUAUGUAACCAUUUUUUUCAACCACUGUGCCGCCGUCUUCUAUAUUUUAUCAAUAACAUUUAUUAUUAUAAGUAUAAGUAUAAGAAUUAUUAUUAUGUUCGUAUAUAGUUAUAUUGACACUUAUGUUCAUGAACAUUUAGUCACACACGUUCAUAUAGUUUUCUAAUAACAUUAUUGUGUCUAUUUUCAUACUCUUGUCCCCUAUACAUAGCAUACGCUUGUAUACACACGAUUCUAUUAAUUUGCGUAUGCAUUGGUAUAUUGUGUUAGGCUUAUGGGUUGUCAGGCUCUGAAAUGUUAUUAACACACCACAGAAUUUUAGUGACCAACCAGAAAAUAUACUUUAGUCCCAGACAUACUCCAGAAUUAAGGUAUACUCUUAGCUUAUAUACACCAAUACUGGAAUAUGCGGCUCCAACGUGGAGUUCACAUCUAGUCAAACACAUAACGAAGUUAGAAAAGGUUCAAAGGUAUGCCACAAGGCUAGUCCCCGAGCUGAGAGGUGUAAGCUAAGAGGAAAGAUUGCUGGAACCAAACCUCACGACGCUGGAAGACAGAAGAGUUAAGGGAGACAUGAUGAUUACCUAUAAAACUCUCCGAGGAAUUGACAGGGUGGAUAAAGAUAAGCUGUUUAGCACUGGUGGUAGGAGAACAAGGGGACACGGCUGGAAACUUAAUACCCAAAUGAGCCACAGGGACGUUAGAAAGAACUUUUCAGUGUCAGAGUAAACAGAUGGAAUGCAUUAGGCAGUGAUGUGGUAGAGGCUG